AUGUCAACCACUAAAGCGUGGCUAGACGAGGCCAUUGAGGGUCGGCACAUCAAAUUUGUACCAUUUAAAGAGUUCACCGGAAUAGAGUUUGUAGCAAGAGGCGGAUACGGUACUAUCAAAAAAGCCACUUGGAGAGCACGCAAAAAGAAAGUUGCAUUAAAAAGUCUAGAGUCGUUAUCAAAAUGCGACGACGCCGAGGCUCGCGUAGCGUAUAAAGAAUUAAUCAACGAGCUUAAAUUACUCAGAAACUUUGCCGAUGAUGACAGAAUCAUCAGAUUUUACGGGCUAACCAAAGACCCCUCUUCGUUAGACUACGUCCUCGUAAUGCAAUAUGCGAAUGGUGGUACUCUACGCAACUAUCUUGCAGCAAAUUUUGCCAAACUUACCUGGAAAGAUAAACUACGCCUUGCUAUAGACAUCGCCAGCGCUGUAGACUGCCUUCACGCGGAAAACAUUAUUCAUCGAGACCUUCACAGCAAGAACAUACUCAUCAAUAAUCACCGAGCAGUAAUCGCUGAUCUUGGUCUCUCGCGUAUCGUUUCUCCAUCAUACUCACCUACUUCCCGUAUAGCUGGCAUGAUUCCAUACAUAGACCCACAACGAUUGAACAAUAACAUUACGUCUCGCAGUAAACUGUGCGAUAUCUACAGUUGUGGUGUGUUACUGUGGGAAUUGUCUUCGGGCAAAGUUCCAUUUGCAGAUAAAAGUCACGAUUUAGGGAUGUUCCUCGAUAUAUUCAACGGAAUGAGAGAAGUACCCACUCCCGAUACUCCCGUUGAUUAUUAUAACCUUUAUAGUGAUUGUUGGUCAUUUGACCUAAGUCAGCGACCGCAAUCAACUGAUGUCAUACUGGAACGAUUAGAGAAAAUCAGGAUGACACCGACCGUGCACGAUUGCUUUGGAUCUAUGGUGGUGGAAAAGUCUAGCGAAAUUAUGGACCAACCCUCUCCAAGAAGCAGUCAAAUGGUUCCUACUCUACCGGAUUUGGCAAUUCCGUGUGACGCUAACGUAUUCACAGACCAGACAAUCGACAAGUCAAACUAUGUGGAAACUAUUUGUAUAUCAACAACACAAGAACAGCAUCAAGAAUUAUCUCUACUCCCGUCUGCACUAACCCUUGAUGGUUUCGCCGACAUAGACUGGGGACCGCUCUCCUACAUCUCAACCCAAACUAUCAAACGCUUGGAUCGCAAGUUUCAUCAUCAUCUGCGCGAUAAAAUAUUCCUCCGACGCAUAACGGAUCUAAUCAUAUCCGGAUCAUUCUCGAAGUUCAUCGAAAUGUCAGCUGACCCGCUUUCGAACUCGCCCCAACAAAAAGUUCUUUGUCAAUUUUUGCAGAUUUGUUCGCCCAAGAAUUUCUUGUUUGAUCGAGACAAAUUGGAUACGAUCACGGAAGAUUCUCAUACCGAUGAUGAAUACUUGUUGGAUAAUCAAUUUCUGGAUGAUCUUCUUUCUUGCAUACACGACUCGUUCUUUGCUUUGUUCCCAUGGGCUAGAAUUGCUCUAUGGAAUCCUAAACUUAUGAAAAUGCAAAGCAUGAACGUGAUGAAUGAGAAAUGGAAAUUACGACGAAAACGCCUGAAAGUCUCGCCAAAAUUACAACGAGGAACUCGGGCUAUCAGCGAUAAUGAUAGUGCAAAUGCUCCACACGAUCCGGGUGGAACAUCAAGGACUUACUGUGCUAUGCAACCGUCGACCAAUUUUUCCGAACAGAUUAUACCGCAUAAACAUGCUUCAAAACUCGUCAGUGGCAGAAACUCAACACAUCGUGAUCCUGGAUUCGAAAGACCCAUUAAUACGAAGAAUGCAUUGCAUGGUAUCGUCAAUGAAGGAUUUAGAUGCUUAUCUAAUUUACCGAGAAAUAUCGCGUCCUCAGGAGAGUUGGGUUGUGCCCCUCGCUUUGGUAGCCCAAGCUUUACUCGGAAGCCAAUUACUGAAGAGUAUACUUGGAUCGAUACGCUUGCAUCUCGAUGUCUCAAUGGACGACACGAGCAUAUCGCAUGUAUCGCGGCCUUUUAA